AUGAGGCAUGGGAACUCUUUUGCAAGAAGACGUUUCAAUCAGAUUUUGGGGGUGUUGAAGGAAUUUUCUCUUAAAAUUGUUCGCAAGUGUGAAGGAUUACCACUUGCAAUUGUGGCAAUAAGUGGUUUGUUAUCAACAAAAAACAAGAUUGUAUCCGAAUGGGAAAAGUUUUACAGUAGCCUCAGUUUUGAGUUACAAAGGAGUCCCCAUCUUACAAGUAUCAGAAAAAUUAUAUUGCUCAGUUACUAUGAUCUUCCUUACUACCUCAAAUCUUGUUUCUUGUACCUGAGCAUAAUACCGGAAGACUUUUCUAUUUGUCGUGGAAGAUUGAUUCGGUUGUGGAUCGCUGAAGGGUUUGUGAAGCCAGAAAGAGGAAAAACUUUGGAAGAGGUUGCAGAAGAAUACUUGACCGAGCUAAUUCGCAGGAGCUUGGUUCAAGUGACAAAGCUAAAAUUUGGUGAAUCGAGAACUCGUACUUGUCGGGUGCAUGACUUGAUCCUUGAAAUCAUUGUUUCAAAAAGUGAGGAGUUGAGUUUUUGUCAAAUUAUAGAAGAAGACUCAAGUUUUGAUGGACAAUCUCGGCGACUAUCAUUCCAUAACAGUGUUCAUAAUGUUUUAGAAACCAUUGGUAUGCUCCGAAUUCGUUCAUGUUUUAUUUUUAAAGUCGAUGACCAGUUGCCAAAGCCAUUUUUAGGUACGUUGUUUUCAAAAUUCAAGCUAUUGAAGGUCUUGGAUCUUGAAGGUGCUCCUCUCGAUGAUCUUUCUAAAGACGUGGGAAUGCUAUUCCAGUUGAGGUACCUAAGUAUAAGGGAUACAAAAGUGAAGGUCCUUCCAAAGUCUAUAGGCAAGCUAUACAACCUGCAGAAUUUAGAUCUGAAGUUCUCUCUCGUGGAUGAGCUACCCAUUGAAAUCAAUAAGUUAUAUAAGCUACGACACCUUUUGGCCUUCAAGAAUAACUUGUACGUUAAUAAAGUUAUUGAUGUUACAAGAGGAGUGAAAGUGCAUGAAGGAAUUGGCCAUUUAAAGAAACUGUAG